ACCGAUACAGUGUCCUUGGUCUGGUAUACAAAUUUCUCCUUACUCAAGUGGCUCGUGAGAGGAGCUUUUCGACAAUGUUCAUCAAGAUUAGACUGCAAAGCACCAUGUCUCAGGAUCAUCUGGAGGCCUGAUGACAACGGAGAUGAAAAUCUUGAUGGGCCUGGACAGUGAUGUUGUGACAGACCAGACAGCAGAAAGGAGUGCAUUGCUGCACCGCGUCCUGACAGUGUAGGGCAGCCAAAUGGACAUCAAGAGUCCAUAAUCUAUGAUGAGUAACCAACCAGUUACCUGAGCCACAUGCCUGGGAGGUCUUUCUGGCCUGUUAUGUUCUCACCAUUCAUGGUCCAUGGUCUCCCAGCUCUCUGUUCCUAAAAUCCCUGAAGGGGAGAGAGUGGAUUUUGAUGACAUUCACAGGAAGAGGAUGGAAAAGGACUUGCUGGAGCUGCAGACACUGAUUGAAGUCCACUUUGAUCAACGGAAGAAGGAUGAGACGGAGCUGACUGGACUGAAGGACAGAAUUGAGAACCGGAGGUCAGCGAGAGCGGAACAACAACGAGUUCGAGCUGAAAAGGACAGAGACAGACAGGCAAAAAUUGCUGAAGAGCGGCAGAGGAAAGAAGAAGAGGAGGCAAAGAAAAGGGCAGAUGAUGAAGCUAAAAAAAAGAAAGUGCUCUCAAACAUGGCUCACUUUGGAGGCUUUCUGGCUAAGGCAGAGCUGAGGAAAGGAAAGACACAGACAGCGAGGGACAUCAAAAAGAAAACCCUGGCAGAGAGACGCAAACCACUGGGUAUUGAACACAUGAGAGAGGAUGGACUCAGGGAGCGGGCAAAGGAGAUGUGGGAACGGAUCUAUAAACUGGAGUCGGAGAAAUUUGACCUCAUGGAACAGAUGAGAAGACAGAAAUAUGAGAUCACUAUUCUCUUGAACAGAAUUUCCCAUGCCCAGAAAUUUAAGAAGAGCCAUGGCAAGGGCAAAGUUGGGGGUCGCUGGAAGUAAGAACAAAUCCACAGAAAGCUGGAAAAGAAGACUUUUUGGAAGAAAAACAAAAAAUCAAAUCUCUAAAUUGUGACGUCCUUAUGCUUGCUUCAUUAGUGGAUAAUUAGUGUCUCAAAGGUGUAUAGGCACUAAUAUAUUUUUUCCGGGAAUAUUUAAAAAUAUAUGUAAGAAUAAUUGCUUUGGAAGUCCUGUAUAUAAUACAUUUUCAUGUGGUAUAUUGUUGACACAGCAUAAAGAAACCACAUAUUUCAGGAAACUGCAUGUGACUUGGUCCAUUUGGAGGAAUGUGGAACGAAAAUGUGUUUUUCUUCCUUAAACUUGGAUGUGGUCUGCAGUUUGUACUCACUCAACCAUUUUUCAUUAUGAUAUUUCAAUCUUAUGUACAGCAGCUUCUACCUUUAAAAGCACCAGAGAUGUACUGAUUAACUAUGGGGUGAAUAAUCACAUAUCAAACAAAAAAUAAAAUUGCCAACUGGUCUCCGGAUUUUA